AUGGCCGAUUCUUCCCUUGCCGCCAACGGCAACUCUCUUCUUGAGACCACCAAGACCAACGCCGCCGCUGCGUACCAAUCGGUUGCCAACGGCCCCGUUGCUCAAAAUGUCUAUGGCCACACUCAGAAAGCUUCCACCGAGCUCUCUAACCUUGCUGCUUCUCGACGCACUCCUGCGACUCCGGCUGCCACUGGCCAGCCUCUUACUCACUAUCACUCCUUCUUUUCGGAGCUCCUGUCAUGGAACAACCCUCGCGCAUCUGCUAUCGCUUAUGCCACCAUUGUUUCUGCCAUCUUCGCUGCACGAUACUUAGAUGUUCUCCGAUGGGGUCUUAAGACAUCCUGGAUGGUCCUUGGCGUGACCAUUCUCGCUGAGGUUCUUGGCAAGGUUAUUCUUAACAAUGGUCUGGCUACUCAGGUUCGCCCUCGACGAUACUACACAGUUCCUCGUGAGACCUUGGACGCCGUUAUUGGCGACGUUCACGAGCUCAUCAACUUUUUCGUCAUUGAGGCUCAGCGAAUCAUCUUUGCUGAGAACGUUGCUGCUUCCGCUGCUGCUUUCGUUGCUGCAUUUAUCUCCUACUACCUUGUCAAGCUCGUUCCCGUCUGGGGUCUUUCCCUCCUUGGCACUACUGUUGCUUUUGUUGUGCCUUUGAUCUACACUUCUAACCAGGAGCUCAUCGACGAGCAACUUCACCACGCUUCCGAGCUCAUUAACAGCCAGACUGCCCAGAUCCAGAGUGUUGCUUCUAAACAGAUGGAGCAGGUUUCCAACAUCAGCAAGCAAUACGUCGGCGACUACAGCGACAAGGUCCAGGGACUCCUCCAAGGCAAGACUCCUUCUCGCCAGAAGAUCGACAUGCCUCAGAACUCCAACUCUGCUCUCCCUGCCAAGCAGCCUCAGUUCCCCUCCCCUCCUACUGAUGAGCCCAUUACGUCUGCCAACCCUCCCCAAAUUCCUACUCCCGCCGCUUUGAGAGAGGAGAUUAACGAGCCCACUGCUAUUGACACUGCAGCUCCUGAGCUUCCCCACGAAGAUGUUGUUCCCGCCAAGGAGCCCAUGCUUGCUUCUUAA